AUGUCAGAGGUCCUGACUGUGGACGCCAUUCUGUUUGGGGUCUUGGUGUUCACAGGGAUUUUGGGAAAUAUGCUGGUCAUCCAUGUGGUGUUUCAGGCAGCUCAUGAAAGUCCUUCACGACGCCUGCCCCCAUCUGAUGCCAUCCUGGCAAAUUUGUGCCUUGCCAACCUGCUAACCUCCCUCUUUCGCACGGUGCCCAUCUUUGUGUCGGACCUGGGCCUGGAGGUGACUCUGUCGCCGGGCUGGUGCCGGCUCUUCAUGCUGCUGUGGGUGUGGUGGCGGGCUGUGGGCUGCUGGGUCACCCUGGCUCUCAGUGCCUUCCACUGCAUCACCCUGAGGAGGCAGCACGUCAUGAUGGGUCCCUUGGCUCUACAGCGGGAGAGGAACCGCGUUUGGCUGGCUCUAGUGCUCGUCUGGGUGACCAACCUGGUAUUCUCCCUCCCGGCUCUGGUCUACACCACGCACGUGCACGGCAAUGCCACGGUAGAGCUCAUGGUGAUCAGCUGCACCACCCGCCCUUUGCUGGGCUGUGUGUGGGAGUUCCCCACCGCUGCACAGGGCGCGGCCUUCGCCUCCACCUCCCUGGCUUUCAACGAGGUGGCUCCCCUGGUGCUCAUGGUUGGGACCAACCUGGUCACACUCCAUGCGCUGGGCAAGCACAUCCGUGCUGUCACGUCCAGCGCUGAGCCCGGAGCAAAGCACGGGGAACUGGACAAGCACGUGGGCAGCGAGCGCAAAGCCGGCCAAGUGAUCAUGUCCCUUGUCAGUCUGUUUGUGGUCUGCUGGGUGCUGCAGGUAGCCGCGGUGACGUACUACAACCACGACGGGGGGCACCACGCAGAAGGCCUGCUGACAGUGUCCCAUUUCUCUGCCUCUCUCUUUGUGGGGUUCAGCCCCAUGGUGGUGGCAUUAGGCCAUGGGAAACUAAGGAGGAAAAUUCACGGUAUGAUCCUCAGGGUGUUACGUGUGAAGGGGACUCAUGCAGAUUCCGAGCAGAAAGCCUCAGGGACUAAUGACAAGACUGUGCAUUCCGGAGGAACAGAUGGACUUAAGAAGGACACAGUGAUUGGGAAGGGAGGGGACAGAAUCAUAAAAGUUGAGGAAAGGAAAGGGAAUCAUAAAAGCUGA